GACCACACAUUCUACCCUAUCAACGGUGUAGAUUUGGUUACAACAGUGAUCCUGUGAAUAAGAAGACGAGCAAAUCUAAGACGUGGAUGGCUCAACUUAUAUCCACUGUUGAAGAUAUAUAAGUCUAUUUUCACUAUUAAUAUACCCUUUUAGUCCAAAUAUGCAUUUUUCAUAAGCCAUGAUUCUCUUAUUUCUUGAUUCCAUUUGAAUUUACGAAAACCCUUUUCUUGAAUUUGCAGAAAAAAAGUGUCAAUUUUGAGAAAUCAGUGUUCUUUAAUUUUUAGGGUUUUCUUGAUUGAGCUAUGCAAGUGUCAAGAUUUGAGCUUCUUUUAGUUUCAACAAUGGCGGCCAUCGUCUUCUCCGUCGACGGGAUUCAUCAGUUCAGAGAAGCCCCGAAGUUUUACAAUUCUCCGGCGUGCAGCGCGGCGGCGGUACACGUGGCGAUGACUCUGGACGACGCGUAUCUCCGGGGAUCAAUGGCGGCUAUACUGUCGGUCCUCCAGCACGCAACGUGCCCGGAGAAUAUCGUCUUCCAUUUCGUGGCGUCGUCGACGGCGGACGCGGCGGAGCUCCGCCGCACGAUUGGGCGGUCUUUUCCUUACCUGCGGUUCAGGAUGUAUCCGUUCGACGUUUCGGCGGCGGCGGGGCUGAUUUCGACGUCGAUCAGGGCGGCGCUGGAUUGCCCUCUGAAUUACGCCCGGAAUUACCUGGCGGAGCUCCUCCCCGCCGGCGUACGGAAAAUCGUGUACCUCGAUUCCGACGUGGUCCUCGUCGACGACAUCGCGAAGCUCGCGGCGACGCCUCUUUCCGGCGGGGCCGUCCUGGCGGCGCCGGAGUACUGCAACGCGAAUUUCACGUCCUACUUCACGCCGACGUUCUGGUCGAAUCCGUCGCUGUCGGCGACGUUCUCCGGCCGGCGGGCGUGCUAUUUCAACACCGGCGUGAUGGUGAUCGACCUGGAGCGAUGGCGCGCCGGCGACUGCACGAAGAAGAUCGUGGAGUGGAUGGAGCUCCAGAAGAGGAUGAGGAUUUACGAGCUGGGAUCGCUGCCGCCAUUUCUGCUGGUGUUCGCCGGCCGAAUAGCUCCGGUGGAUCACCGGUGGAACCAGCACGGCCUCGGCGGCGAUAAUUUCCGGGGACUUUGCCGGAAUUUGCAUCCCGGUCCGGUCAGCCUGCUGCAUUGGAGCGGAAAGGGUAAACCGUGGACCCGGCUCGACGCGAACCGGCCCUGCCCGCUCGACGCUUUAUGGGCUCCUUAUGAUUUGCUCAAACCGCCCUACAUUCUUGAAUCUUAAGGGCAGAAAGGAUUAAAGAAUUAAUGGAGAUGCUAAACAGUAGGCUCAGAAUUAGAGUACAAGUAAGAAUGUUAUAAUUGUCUGUAUAUUACACUACUCACAUAUAUAUAUAUAUAUGAUAUGGACAAAAAAAUUUACAAUUUCUUACUCAAGAUUAAUGAAUCAUAUUUACAUAUAGUUUUGGGAUAUAUAUAUAUUUAUAUAUAAUCAUGAUAAUUGUUAUAGACAAUGUACACUACAGAUACAAUUGUUGUUGUUAUUACCAUAUAAAGCAAAGGUUUAAGGCUGCUGUUUUAAUUUAUAUUGGUAUUUAAUUGAGGUUUGCGAAGAGUAGUUUAUAUCCACCGUUGGAUCUGUGGUCCGAGGCCGAUCAGUACCGUUGCUUUUGAUUUUGAGAUAAAUUUUUAUAAUAUAGUAGUACUAUUAUUUCAUUGUGCUGUGUAAUAUUAUG